UAUAUAAGCAACAGGAGCGGGGCUGGCAGGAACAGUUUACAGCAAAACCUCGCUCUAAAACGGAACCCAGAGUCGGACAGUUUUAUAUACUUACACAGGAGGACAGCAUGUGUCAAAGAUUACUUCUCAUCCUAGUUGGUUUGGUUGCCAUAGCAACAUGGAGGGCGUCGGCCCAGGUCUCCGAGCAACAGCUGGCCGCGGCCGUUGCCCGGGCAACGCAGGCGGUGGACCGCGCCAUUCAGGAGGAGGAGGACAGUUUUGUGGCAGCUUCCGAUGACGACGCGCGCAUCUCCCCAGCCGGACGCCUCCUGGCGAUGUUCCGCAAGUCCAAACCCGAGGCUCGACCAAUCGCACGCAGCGCCGAGAUCAUGGAGGACGUCACUUCUCAACUCACCAGAACAGGCCAGACUGACGCAGAUUUCAGCGCGGCCUCGGAUUCGCCAUCCACGCGGCGGGUUUGCCAGAAUACCGAGCUGCGUGACCUGACCUGUCCGCAACCCGACCCCGCCAUACGAGAGUUCCGAACUAUCGACGGGCGCUGCAAUAACCUGGACAAUCCGCUGUGGGGCGCUGCUAUACAGCCCAUGAAGAGGCUCCUGCGCCCACUGUAUGCCGACAGUGUUCAGUCGCCCCGUGUGCGCGGUCGAGGCGGUGCGGCCCUACCCAGUGCACGGGAGGUGAGCUUCACGCUUCACGAGGACAUGCGAACCACCAGCACCGUCAACACUCACCUGGUCAUGCAGUGGGGACAGUUCCUGGACCACGACAUCACUCACACACCUGUCGCCUCAGCGUACGGCGGCGGUCUGCUCGCCUGUCCCUGCGGUUCCACCGACCGCCGGUGCUUCAACAUCCCGAUCCCCGCCGGCGACCCCGACUUCUCCGGUCAUUCCUGCAUGGAGUUCGUGCGAUCCAGCCCGGCGCCGAACCCCGGGUGCCGCGUCGGCCGCCGCCAGCAGCUGGACCAGAUCACCGCCUUCAUCGACGCCUCCAUGGUCUACGGUUCAUCUGAGGAGGAACUGGAGCAUCUCAGGGACCCAUCAUUAGAGCGUGGCCAGCUAAAGUCCAAGGCCAACCCGGGAGACUCCAGGAAGAAGGAGCUGCUCCCCAGUGCCAUCACUGAGGAGUUCCACUGUCCAGAGUCUUCCAACCCCAGCAGCCGAAACCAGCCCUGCUUCCAGGCUGGCGACGUCCGAGUGAAUGAGCAGCCGGCUCUCACCUCCAUGCACACCGUCUGGCUGCGCGAGCACAACCGCAUCGCCGACCGCCUUCACGACAUCAACUCACACUGGGACGAGGACCGCGUCUUCUACGAGACCCGCAAGAUCAUCGGCGCGGCAAUCCAGCAGAUCACCUACGCGGAGGACCUCCCGAUCGUGCUCGGGCUGAACGCGAUGAACGAAUACGGGCUGGUGCUGCGCCAGAACGGCUACUACAGCGGCUACGAUGAGACCGUGGACCCGACCAUCUCCAACGUGUUCGCCACCGCGGCGUACCGCUUCGGACACAGCCUGGUGGAGAGCGAGUUUGUGCGCUCGACGUCGGGCUACAACCACAACGCACACCCACCAGUGCAGCUGACACACAGCUUCUUCAACCCACAGCACGUGUACAACAACGUCCGGGGCGGGCUGGACUCCAUCGUGCGCGGCCUCGCCAGCACCCCGCACGAGAAGUUUGACCGGUUCAUCGUGAGCGGCCUGACCAAGAACCUGUUCGCGGACCCGGCGGGCUCCCUCGGGCUGGACCUGGCGGCGCUGAACAUCCAGCGCGGCCGUGACCACGGGCUGCCGGGGUACAACGAUUGGAGGGUGCUCUGCGGGCUCCCGCGGGCGCGAAGCUUCGCCGAUCUCGCCACCGAGAUUCCCGACGCCUCCACGAGAGCCAAACUGGCUGAUCUCUACAACCAUGUGGAUGACAUUGACGUGUUCGCGGCCGGCCUGGCCGAGCGGUCCGUCCCGGGCGGUCUCCUGGGCCCGACGUUCGCCUGCCUGGUGGGACGCCAGUUCCGAGAGCUCAGGAAGGGCGACCGCUUCUGGUUCGAGAACCAGGGACAGUUCUCCCAACGCCAGCUAGCAGAGAUAAGGAAGGUGACAUUAGCGCGUGUCCUGUGUGAUAACACGGACGACACCACGACGAUGCAGCCCCACGUGUUUGAGCUUCCCGGCCCGGGUAACCGCCGCGUCUCCUGCUUCUCCAUCCCCCAACCGGACCUCAACGCCUGGCGGGAGUCUUCCACCGUCGUGGGGCAGGUCAGGGACUUCUUCACAGACUACUUUGGAGGCCUUCGAGGCUGAAGGAGGGAAGAUGACGUCACCACAAAAUGCUGCUAUCAACAAUAACUACAACCUCCAACCUUCAGGUGGUCACAGAACAUGGAUUAGGACUGAGAUUAGAGACAGGAUUAGAAAUUGGAUUUAAAACCGGAUUUAGAACCAAGAUUAGAGUGAGGAUUUGAAACUGUACUGUAUUGAAACCGGAUUAAGCCAGGAUAGGAACUUGGAUUUGAAACUGGAUUGGAGCCUGAAUUAGAAUCAAAAUUACAACUUUUGUACAUUUUUGGGACUCUAAUGCUAAUUUUGUCCAGGACUGUACAUGUGUAUCUCAUAGAUACAUAAUGUUCUGAUCCACACUGAUAGUUUGUUGCUAAACUUUGUAGAUAUUAUUACAUUCUUAUACAACAUUUACUACAAUUUAGAACAUUCCACUUCCACUGUAAAAUCAAUGUGUUUCUUUUACUAAAAUACAAACUUUGUACAAGCGCCAUGGAGUUGAAGCCAUAAGUUUAGAUGAAGAAAGCCUGAUAUUUUAAAGCAUGAAAAGUUUGUAAUUACGAACCCAAAACUGUCCUUUUGUAUCCAGAACGUUGCCUAUUGAGUUCUAUGUCUGCAUGGGUUAGGAUCAGGCACGGUUCUGGAUAGCCUCUGCGUAUCCAAAACAUAGAUUUGCCCCAGGCACGGUUUAGGAUACAAAUGAUAAAUGUACAGUAUGACGUACUUUGUACUUUCUGGCAAUAUUUUGUACGUCUGGCCAAAUAACUUACUUUACCUUGCUUCUUUGUUUAUGUUUUUGUUUUCUUUGGCCUGGAGCCUGUUGUAAACAAAUAAGAAAUUUAGACAUAAAAGAUUUUAGAACAUGA